AUGGACCCACAAUACCCCGACGAGUCGUUUUUGUUCCAGCCGCGUGGCGGACCCCCUCCUGGAGGACCACAGGAUGUUCCUUUACAGUCAAUGCCACCUCAAGCCAUCCAACAACAGCAGCAAUCGCUGGCUUCAGAGAUGAUAGCCCGGGAUAGGCUAGAACAUAUUGUCAAACAUGUCAAGAAAUAUCCUUUCAAUUGUCCGUAUUGUCGCCGCCUGUUCGCUUCUCAAAAAGAAGUCGAUGGUCAUCAGGAGAAUCGGCAUGCGGAACUCGAUUGGAAAUCGGUGGAGCCAUUUGCUGAAGAAGAGCAAAUUUAUAGGAGAUCUCGUUCAAUUUAUGAAGAGAGCAAGCGUAAUAUCAAAAAUGGAAAGCCCGAAGGAUAUCAAAAGUCGUCGUCUGUGGAUAAGGACACUAAAAUGACUUUGAGUCAUUAA